AUGAACUAUAGUUGCGCUCACUGGACUGCGGACCCUGCCGAAACAUUGCAAACUGCCCAGGAGAGAAAGGUUGACACGUUACUCAAAAAGCUUCGUCUUACGCCAAACCACCAUCUACUGGAAAUCGGAUGCGGAUGGGGAGAUGUAAUGAUCAAAGCAGCUGAAAGAUACUCUUGUCGAGUGACUGGUAUAACACUAUCCAACGAACAGAAGUCACUGGCAGAAAAAAGGAUCAAGGAUGCUAAACUACAGCAUCUUGUCUCCGUGCUUCUCUGUGAUUACCGAAAAGCUCCAGUGCCAGAAUCUGGCUACGAUCGUAUCAUUUCCAUCGGCAUGUUUGAGCAUGUUGGUCGCAAAUACUUGAAUGAAUAUUUCGGCACAAUUUCCCGAUUAUUAAAUCCGACAACGGGCGUGCUUGUCAUUGACGGCAUUACAUUUACUAAUAAGAUGCAUGAGACAAGAUCGCCGGUGGAUACUUUUAUUGGACGAUACAUUUUCCCAGGAGGCUACCUGCCUUCCAUCCAUUCGCUGACUGAUGCUCUGCACAAAGGAUCAAAUGGAACACUAGAAAUUACUUUCGUGAGGAAUAUUGGACCUCACUACGGAAAGACUCUCCUUGCAUGGAAAGAUAACUUUCAACGGAAUUGGGACACGAUCGUGACGGAUUAUAUCAGAAAGCAUCCAUCUGCUACUGGGGAGGACAUCGAGGCGUUUCGACGGAUGUGGUUGUAUUAUUUUGUCUGCUGCGAGGCUGGAUUUCGGUCCCGCGCUCUAGGCAAUUAUAUCAUUUCUGCGGCGCGGACUCCUGAGCCUGUCACCCCAUAUACUAGUACGGCCUUCGAGGAAUUGUUAGAUUGA